GUUGAGUAGCUGCGCAUGCGAAGUGGCUGCUGUGUGCCCGGCCUGGCGCGCACCUCCUUCCCUUCUUAGUGUCUGCGGAUUCAAUGAACGGGCGGCGGGUGACCUGACAACGAGGCGUAGAAACCGACACCGGGACAGCCUGCAGUAAAGGAGCGGACUUCGGCGUUAUCACUCGACUUCCACGCGGUUAACCUGCCAUGGCAACCGAGGAGAAGAAACCAGAGGGUGAAGCGUCCAAAACACAGUCCACCCCGUCAUCCUCCACAAAUCAGAACAAGCCUGCACCUGUAAAACCAAACUAUGCUCUAAAGUUCACACUAGCGGGACACACCAAGGCAGUGUCAUCCGUAAAAUUCAGCCCAAACGGAGAGUGGCUCGCCAGUUCUUCUGCUGAUAAGUUAAUCAAAAUAUGGGGUGCGUACGACGGCAAGUUUGAGAAAACGAUAUCUGGACACAAACUGGGUAUAUCGGACGUCGCCUGGUCUUCUGAUUCUAACCUCCUCGUUUCUGCGUCUGACGACAAAACUCUAAAAAUCUGGGACGUCAGCUCUGGAAAGUGUUUGAAGACGCUGAAAGGACACAGUAAUUACGUCUUUUGCUGCAACUUUAACCCGCAGUCCAAUCUCAUCGUGUCGGGAUCGUUUGAUGAAAGUGUGCGGAUAUGGGAUGUGAAGACCGGGAAAUGCCUGAAGACGCUGCCUGCCCAUUCAGACCCUGUCUCAGCUGUGCAUUUCAAUCGUGACGGUUCUCUUAUUGUGUCCAGUAGUUACGACGGGCUCUGCCGAAUCUGGGACACGGCGUCGGGUCAGUGCCUGAAAACACUGAUUGAUGAUGAUAACCCGCCGGUAUCGUUUGUGAAGUUCUCCCCAAAUGGAAAAUACAUCCUUGCGGCAACUUUAGACAACACACUUAAAUUAUGGGACUACAGCAAAGGGAAGUGCCUGAAGACCUACACGAGUCACAAGAAUGAAAAAUAUUGCAUAUUCGCAAACUUUUCUGUAACAGGUGGCAAGUGGAUUGUUUCUGGGUCGGAAGAUAACUUGGUUUAUAUCUGGAAUCUGCAAACAAAAGAGGUUGUUCAAAAAUUACAGGGACAUACAGAUGUCGUCAUUUCAACUGCUUGUCACCCAACGGAAAACAUCAUCGCCUCGGCUGCACUAGAAAACGACAAGACCAUUAAACUGUGGAAGAGCGACUGCUAGAAGUUGUAACCCGCGUUUGCGGACUGUAUCACAAGGAGAACAUUCCCCGUUCAAGACGCAGAUCCCCAAAAAAAGCAAA